AUGGCCCAAGGGGCCGUGGCAGCGAUGGCAGUGACGCCGGCAAUGGCGCCUACUGGCGAUGCGAAUGCUCUCGCAGGUCUGUCUGCAGAGGAGCUGCGCGAAAUGCUGGAGUACGAAAAAAUUGUGAAAUUCCGCGAUGCGGUUUUGGCGGGCACGCACCCACGCGUAAAAAUCCCUCCGCACCUCGCGCCAAAGACGACUCGAAAUUUGUCGUCCCCCUCGACGACGACUAUCUCGCAUACGAAUAGCAGCCCACAUCCUCCUUUCCCUCCCCCUACACAUGCGACACCACAGAUACAGACGCAGACGCAGACAUCUCAGAACGGCGACUUGUCCUCGCACAGUACGAGUACGUCGACUAACAACCACCGUCCAGCUGCCAGCAAUCAGAUUGAUCCUAUUUUUCUGGAAAAGUCGGAUGAUCUGAUCAAAGCUGAAAUGACUCUACAACGAGUGCGACUCGAGCGUGCAUUGCGGGACCAGAUUGAAGACCAGAAGAUCAAGAAUAAAGCCUUGGUCCAGAUGUCCGAAGCGCUGCCCAAUUUCAAUAUUUCUGAUGUCUUGCUGCAAGCUCAAGCUCUUGUCAAUCCUUCUACUUCUGCACAAGUCGAACCGGUAGUGGCGGCUGAUACUCCUGCGGAUGAUUCAUUUGAUGAGAAUACAUUCUAUUCCAGCCAACAUGACAGUUCAGAGUGGUCAAAUUCACCACGCGGUCAGAAAGACCCGGCUGAUAAACUGUCGCACGAUAUCGUGUCUGUUGACAAGCGUCCUGGUGAGAUUUCUCCUCCAGAUCACGGAGUCCGAGAUACAGAAAUAGUCAAGUCAUCACUAUCUACUACAAAUAACCAAGCAGAAGCCCGUUGUCAAGCCCCAGCCUUACCGCCUUCAGAAACCCAGCGUCAAUUUCCUGGACUGCGAUAUCCAGAAAAUAUACCCCCCCAGAGAGCAGGUAUGACUAGUACGAGUACACAGGCGAUGUCAAACCAGCAAAUGUCGGGAAGCGAGAGCGAUCAAGCUUUUAACAAUCCAGCAAGCAGCACUGCCCACGCUGCUGUACAGGACACAACCGAUCAGCUCCUUCGUCAAGCAUUUGAUCAUGCUCGACCGCCGCCUCUUAUUCGUGCCCAUAAUCUCUCCCCAGUGGCUCCCCAGCCCGCUCGAGUUUCUCCUCUAGCUACUGCAAGAGAACCUCCCAUACUUAGAGAGAAUUUGCUUGCUGACGAGGCUCCACUUGCCCAGGUUGCUGCUCUGCGCGCCGAGGAGCCUGCAGGAAUCUCAAGCGCAGACAGCUCCCCAAGGGGGCCAAAGAGUUCCGAAAAGAAGAAAUCUCGGUCGGAGAAGAGACCUAAUAAGCGCAAGGCCAACAGUGGUGACACCCCAAACUCCCCAUACAUCAAACUGGAACCCAAAUCACCCUCACCAUAUGCUGUAGCACCUCUUCCCCGACCGCCAAAGAGACAACGACAGCAGGACCAGUAUGCUGCCGAGCUCAACUACGACGACCAACCCAGGCACGAAGCACCAAUUCGUACUAGAAGCCGCCCGGAGGAAAUAGUUGAAGGGGCACGAGCUUCUCGGCCAUUCGAGAUCGUCGAAGAUCGAUACGAACCAGAAUUUCGCCAGCCAGAUAAUGCCUACCGCCGGAUAGAGAGAGAAGACGAAGGCUACAGACGAGUUGUCCCCGACGCUUUAGUACCAAGACCACGCUCUCCAGUAGACAUGUAUGCUGCGCCAUAUUCUGGCGAGUCUCACCCUAUCAGAGCGGCUUCGCAUGCAUUGAUCGAGCGAAGAGUUGAGGAGCCUAGGUAUUACAAAGACCUCGGCCCAAGGACAAUUGUAAGGCCAGAUGCAGAUCGCGAAAGAUCUAGAUCUCCUUCAAUGCGUGAUACUAGACCACUGCCAAUGGGCCCACCUCGACGGCCUGUUCGUAUUGUGUUGGAUGAGCAUGGCCGCGAGUACUAUGAUCCAGGACCAGCUUACGCUCCAACGCCAUCCUCGAGUUAUAGACAAUCAGUGGCGCCUCCUUCUCGAUAUCGUGAAGGGGAUAUCGUGUACGAACGAGCUCCAGUAAGAGCAGUAUCAAGUCGUGUAGCAACAGAAUAUGAAGAGGAUGGUGUCAUCUAUCGCAGGGGGUCUUCGUUGUCUGCUGCUCCUAGACGUGUUGUGACCCAACCGGAAUACGCAAUGGCACCGCCAGCUGAGUAUCGGUCUUAUCGCGAAAGGGAGUACUCUGUCCGUCCUACAGCAAUGGCACCCCCAGGAGACGAAUACACCCCAGUUCGGGCACCAGAGUUUCGACAUACCAGCCAGUAUGAUGAGAGCCCUCGAGAGUAUAUUCCUCGCCCCCCUAUCGAAGGAACCCCUAUCGAAUAUGCGUCGCGUCCUAUCAGUGUUCGACCAGAGGCGGUCCGGUACGAAGUACGUGGAGAAGCACCACGCGAAUAUGCUAGAGCCCCCAGUGUUCGACCAGAAGCAGUUCGGUACGAGAUUCGAGGAGAGCCUCUUCGCGAGUAUGGAAGAGCUCCUAGUGUUCGACCGGAGCCUAUCAGAUACGAGACUCGUGAAGAAGCGUAUGGUUCAAGAGCCAUGAGUGUGCGACCUGAAGUCAGAUACGAGCCCGCACGAGAAUCCUAUAUUAGUCGUGUCAGUGUACGGCCAGAGGUACCGCCAAGAGAAUAUGCAAGUAGUGUUCGACCUGAAGCGCAGGAUGAUGGCCAUAUUCGCCGGGGAGCAAUGGCACCGCCCAAAGGAGAACGAUAUUAUGAGGAAGCACCCCGAUGCCGGCCGUCAGAGAUUGCAUUUGUUGAGAGGCCUCGUGCGAGGGAGUCAUCUGUUGUUGCUUACGCGGAUGAUGUUAGGAGAGAAUUGUACCGAUAA